CAUCUAGCUAGUGCCAGCUACAGUGAACAAUUGUAACAUACGUUAAUAAAAGCAAAGAUUUUGAAGCGGGAAGGAGACAACAGGAAUUCUAUGGACAUCGCCUAUACAGUUAGAAUAAUACAGGAUUAUACGAGACCCGGAGGGCAGUAUUAUAGGCGACCCAGUGUACAGAGAAUAUACACAGCAUCCGAUUCGGCGGCUUGCGGGGCGUACUUCAGAAUUGGGGAGGAAUACAUCAUAACAGGAGACAUUCGGAAUCAAUACUGGAGUACAAAUCUAUGCAGCUGGAAUUUCCAAUCAUCUCAACUUACUCCAUACCAAAAGGAUGCUUUGGAAAUGGGAUAUUAUAAGCAAACUUGUGGUUGUGUUGUGAGGCCUUGCUUUAACGGUCAGUGCUAUCCACCAAGUUAUCAAAACUCAUGCGUACUCGGACCAAAUGAUGACGUUUCAUGCUUCUUUCAGCAUAACUCUUGCAGACGACAGGGGAACGAUUGUGCUUGGCAUACGGCUGCUUGCCAGCGGUACUAGUAGCUCUUCAAUGUAGCAUGAUCGUGACCAGAAAUAUGAACGACUGAAACGGAGUUUACAUGAACGUAAAAUAUAUGCUGCCUUAAAGAAUGAAUAUAAACACACCUUGUCAUA